UCUGCAGCCAGAGCGAGAGGCAGAGGGAUGGAUGUUGGAGGAAUUCGGGCUUAACAAGUGAUCGCUGCUGUCUAGGAUUUUGCUCUUUUUCUGGGGAACCUUGACUUCCUUUUCCAGUCAAGCUCUCCUGUGCUGAACUCCACAGGAGCCAGAGAAGUCUUGGGGGUCUUCCCUGGGGCAGCCCGGAUCCCCACACCUGGGCUCCAGCAGCGAGGACUCUGUGCCCCCCUGGCCAGGCAACGGAACUUCUUCCGUGGAUAUUUUGGAGCCUCCACCUGCCACACAGGCGUGACUCCUUCCACCCCCAAGAUCGUUCUUCCCCUCCUCCAGCUGUUGCAGCUUGAGGGGGGAAAAUCAAAACCAACCGGGGCAUUGUCCUUAUUUUUAUUUUGCACCCCUCCUGGGAACGGUGAAGUGCUUCUUCUGCAUGAUUUUAGCUGAAGGAUGCUCUGCAUUUCCUUGAUUUCUAUGGAGACCUCAGAGCUGGGUUUGCCCCUGCUGACAUCUCAUCUUGCACCUUCUCUACCUCCCAAGGUCUUUGCCUCUAUCUGUAGCUUGGCAUUGCCCCUGGGUCCAGGAAGCCUGUGAGGAACUUAAGGGGGGAGCCUGGAGAGUCAUCUGAUAGGUUUGAGUGGCAAUGGCUGGACAUACUUCGAGUCUCAUGUUAACAUGGGUCAAGCAGUCACUGGAAGGCAAGUGCUGAGACUAAAGGCUCAUUUGCAUUUUAUUUAAAUUUGAUGGACUGAGCGUUGGACAGUUUCCAUGGCAGAGAAAUAUAUUCCAUUUUCUAGGCACAACUGCUAGCUGUCAGAGACGUGCUGCCUUUGAAUCUGGCCGCAGCAUCACCGACCACAACCUACAUGUAUUUCCAGAUUUGAACGUCCACCACAAAACAGGUGUUCGGGAGACCCCAACGUUUCCUGACUUAGGCUUGAGAGUGCUAGACUCUUUAUCUAGACCAGCCAAGCUCUGGAGAGCAAUGCUGAAUCCCUGGGAAGACAGAGCAUGGGGCGUGCAGAUUUAAAAACAGAAAAUGCAAAGUUGGACUGAAAAUAUCCUUAGUCUUCCAAGCAAUCUGCUUAAGUGUUCCAAACUUACCUUAAUUGGGUGAGAAAAGAAGCUGCCCUAUUUUUUCUUUCUCCUGCCACAACUGGAACCAGCCAUUUCCGAACACCGCCACCAUGGAGGUCGCAAUGGUGAGUGCGGAGAGCUCAGGGUGCAACAGUCACAUGCCUUAUGGUUACGCGGCCCAGGCUCGGGCCAGGGAGCGGGAGAGGCUCGCUCACUCCAGGGCUGCGGCAGCGGCGGCUGUCGCAGCGGCCACAGCCGCUGUCGAAGGCAGUGGGGGCUCUGGAGGGGGCUCCCACCACCACCACCAGUCUCGUGGGGCCUGCACCUCCCACGACCCUCAGAGCAGCCGCCGCAGUCGGAGGAGGAGGCGACAGCCAUCCGAGAAGAAGAAAGCCCACCACCGCCAGAGCAGCUUUCCUCAUUGCACCGACUUGAUGCCCAGCGGCUCGGAGGAGAAGAUCCUGAGGGAGCUGAGCGAGGAAGAGGAGGAGGAGGAGGAGGUGGAGGAGGAGGAGGAAGAGGAGGGAAGGUUCUACUACAGCGACGAUGACCACGGUGAUGAGUGCUCCUACACGGACCUGCUGCCUCAGGACGAGGGGGGCGGCGGCGGCGGCUACAGCUCGGUCCGCUACAGUGACUGCUGUGAGCGCGUGGUGAUAAAUGUGUCCGGCCUCCGCUUCGAGACCCAGAUGAAAACUCUGGCCCAGUUUCCAGAGACCCUGUUGGGGGACCCCGAGAAGAGGACUCAGUACUUCGACCCUUUGCGUAAUGAGUACUUUUUUGAUAGGAACAGGCCUAGCUUUGAUGCCAUCUUGUACUACUAUCAGUCAGGAGGCCGCCUGAAGAGGCCAGUCAACGUCCCCUGCGACAUCUUCACGGAGGAGGUGAAGUUCUACCAGCUGGGAGAGGAGGCCCUGCUCAAGUUUCGGGAGGACGAGGGCUUUGUGAGAGAGGAGGAAGACAGGGCCUUGCCCGAGAAUGAAUUUAAAAAGCAGAUCUGGCUUCUCUUUGAGUACCCCGAGAGCUCCAGUCCAGCAAGGGGCAUAGCCAUUGUCUCUGUCCUGGUCAUCUUAAUCUCCAUUGUCAUUUUCUGCUUGGAGACCUUGCCUGAGUUUCGGGACGACAGGGAUCUCAUCAUGGCUCUGAGUGCGGGCGGGCACAGUGGGUUGUUGAAUGACACUUCGGCGCCCCACCUGGAGAACUCGGGGCACACGAUAUUCAACGACCCCUUCUUCAUCGUGGAGACGGUCUGCAUUGUUUGGUUUUCCUUUGAGUUCAUGGUUCGCUGCUUUGCUUGUCCCAGCCAAGCGCUCUUCUUCAAAAAUAUCAUGAACAUCAUUGACAUUGUCUCCAUUCUGCCUUACUUCAUCACGCUGGGCACUGACCUGGCCCAGCAGCAGGGGGGUGGCAGCGGUCAGCAGCAGCAGGCCAUGUCCUUUGCCAUCCUCAGGAUCAUUCGUUUGGUCCGAGUGUUCCGGAUCUUCAAGCUCUCCCGGCACUCCAAAGGCCUGCAGAUCCUGGGCCACACCCUCAGAGCCAGCAUGCGGGAACUGGGCCUUCUCAUCUUCUUCCUCUUCAUUGGGGUCAUCCUGUUCUCCAGUGCUGUGUAUUUUGCGGAGGCGGAUGAACCUACUACCCAUUUCCAAAGCAUCCCAGAUGCAUUUUGGUGGGCUGUGGUGACCAUGACAACUGUGGGCUAUGGGGACAUGAAGCCCAUCACUGUGGGGGGCAAGAUCGUGGGGUCCCUGUGUGCCAUAGCGGGUGUCUUAACCAUUGCUUUGCCAGUGCCAGUGAUUGUCUCUAACUUUAACUAUUUCUACCACAGAGAGACUGAAAAUGAGGAACAGACACAGCUGACACAAAACGCAGUCAGUUGUCCGUACCUCCCUUCUAAUUUGCUGAAGAAAUUUCGGAGCUCGACUUCUUCCUCCCUGGGAGACAAGUCAGAGUAUCUAGAGAUGGAAGAAGGAGUUAAGGAGUCUCUCUGUGCAGAGGAGAAAUGUCAGGGAAAGGGGGAUGACAGUGAGACAGAUAAAAACAACUGUUCUAACGCGAAGGCUGUGGAGACCGAUGUGUGAAUCUAGCUCUCUGUCUGCCACUGCCCCCUCGCCCCUACCCCAGCAUCUCCAAAUAUAUUUAUGCAUCAAGAGUGCAGUUACGAAAAUGAAAUAUGCAAAUGAAUCCAAUGCAUACAGUAGUACACCAUUUAAUGGUUAUACGUGGCAUAAUUGUUACUAAACUUGUAUUACAUAUUGAAUAAAUGAUAUCUCUUGGAGAAGAGGGAGGCUUAAAUAGGAGCAAAUUGAUCUUUAUAUUUUUUAUUAGAAUGCAAGAAUUUUGCACAUUAACUGGAAAAGAUGUUAAAAGUAGAGAUGGUUCCAUGGAGAGGAUGUGUGUGUUUGUGUGUGUGCUGUGUGUGUGUAAGUAAAUUGUCAACAUUGUUAGUAAUCGUGCAGUGAUGGGAAAGUUGGCAUUUUGAAGUAUUUACUAUGUAAGAACUAAUGAAUUUGAACAGUCAUUUAUGAGUGCUUUAAUAGCAUCUCAUGUCUUUGGAUUCCAGAGUUGUUUUUUAAAAAUUGUAAGAAUUACUGUGUAGAAACAAAGAAAGUGAAUUAUUUAAUAGAAUGUAGGUCACAAUUUUAUCUUGGAUUUAAUUAAAGUUUAUUUUUAACUGGAAAUUAACUUUUAAAAAGGCUGCAGGGGCCUUUAGAAAUUGAUUAUAUUUUAUUAUUAAUUUUGGGAGGUUGUGAGAGCAAAUGCCUAACAUUAUGCAAGAAAUGACAUUGGAGAAAAAUGUAAUAAGUUUUGUUCACAGAUACUGGGACUGGAAUUUUUUUUUUUACUACUUUAUAUGCUGGAGAUUGAGAGAGACUUCAUACUGUGAAUGUUUACUAAUGUAACAGUUCAAUGACAAUCAUUGGAACAAUGAUUUCUUAGUCUUAUUUUAUUGUUCUCUUCUUUUCUUUGUGUGAGACUAAAUGCUGCAGCAGAUAACAGCACAAGAUUCCCUUUUUUAAAACCUAGAUAAUUGAUCUGCAAAGGGGCUACGAGGUCAAGUCUAGCAACUGAGUCUUUUGAAAUUGGUCUGUUACAAUGAUGCUUCUGAAACCAUCCUAUUUUAAAUAUUCUGUCUUUAAAUCCAGAAUAAUUUAACCAAAGCUAAUGCAUGCACUGAAAGAAUUCUUGAAGAAGAUGCUCAGCAGCUACAGUGAUUAUGGCUUAAGAGCUUUCUAUUAAAUGUGCAACAUAAGUGCUAGGUUUACUAAGUUUAUUUCUUUGUGCAGAAUGUGGGAAAUCACCUCAGAAUUUGGCAUCCAAUUUGCUAACAUUGGUAUAAGACAGAAUUGUGUCAAAACCUUUGGAUUCAACAUCAUCAUCAUCAUUAUAUUUGUUAAAGGAAUUUUAUGGCACAUAUAAGUGCUUAACCCAUGGCAAGGUGUUCUAGAAUGUGAGGUAACAGCUAGUGAUUGGACUUGCACUAUUAAGUUAUAAUGGGACAUAGGUUAGCAAACUCAGAAUACAUAAUAGACCUUGUUCUCUCCAAUGUUUCUUCAACUUCUAUUCUUUAUAAAGUAGGUGUCCUGCGGUUUGGGGAAAAGAUUAUCUAGGGUAUGUUAAGUACAGAACAAAUACUUGCAACUGUGAA